AUGCUCAUGUUACAUUUCUUCUGUGUGGUAGCUAUUGCCGCUUUCCAUGUCGGCUCAUCGACCACGAAUGGAGCCCCUAAAAUCAACCUGUUAGACGUGCCAGUCACCGUCUUACAAGAACUACUAAAGUUGACAGACGAAAGUGUCAUCGACGGUCGACUAGACGACUACAGCAGAGAGAUAUACAGACCAAAUGGUGGCGAAGUGGCUUACUACGAGUUCACUUUCAACAAUCAGUACAUCAUCGUAGCCAACUCGCAACCCACUCACGUGGACAAAAUCUUCGUCAGUCAGGGUCCUCUGCCCAGUCCCACUCAGACCGUCGACGGAGUUCUCGCGAGAGAGAAGAGCUCCGCAUGUCUCCGCUACAUUCUUGUUGCACCAGACGGUCCACUCGCAUGUGAGAGCAAAGUUGGUAGAGACGGCACAGGAACAGUGACCGCAGGAUCAGAAGACUGGAUACACGCACUCUCGCAGUCAGACGACCGACUGCAAUUUCAAAACGCGAACGGAAGUAUUGAUUGGAACCGAGCGUUUCGAUGGUAUGAAGUCCAACUGAAAGAAGCUUGGCGUAGUUCAGAAAACGAGGCUCGUCGCAGCCGCGACGUGAUACGCUACUUGCAAACCGGCUCCAACUUCGAAAAUGACACGUAUACAGAAGAAGUGCUCUCUCCAGGGCAAACGAUAAAAAUCCUGAAAUCCCCAUUCCUAAAGGCAAUCCAUCUUCACGUCGAUCAGCACGGUACAUUACAAUAUUCUCGUCUAAAUUCAGAGUCGUCUGACAAUCACAGACGAGUGUGCGAAAUCCUCAGUAAUGUGAUCUGUAAACCGAGCAGUUCUGAAGUAUUUGCUGAUGACGAACGAGAAUCUCUCAACGGUCUCGCGUAUGUAGCCAUCACUGUCACUACCAACACAACCCAUCUGCAUCAGCUUUUCAAAGAAAACAGAAUCAGUCUGAAAUUCAAUGUAACGUACAGUCGAGGCGGUCCGUCACUGACACUGCGGUACGGAACCGACCGGUUCCGAGGCAGAGCAAAGAGAACGUCGAGCUCAAGUGGCGACCAUUCGAGCAUUCCAUACGAAACCGAAUUUCCCGACUACCACCAAUUCAAGUACGGAAAGUGUUACGUUGGUUGCGGUCCGGUUGCGUGGGCCAUGAUUCUCGGUUAUAUGAACAGAAUUAGCAACCUCUCAGCCGACUCGUACAGACCUCUCUACCCCUACGGAGCUGCACCCGCAAAGUUUAGCGAGUCGGAUUCGAAUCUGAAACGUUGGAUCGAAAGUCUCCACGACGCACUGGGCACCAUCUGCCUCUUCGGUCAAGGCGCUACCCUGGCAUCCAAAAUGCACAACAUUGCAACCUACUACAAAGAUAUACAACCGGGCGGAUUAUUUGAAGAAGAGAGAAGCUGGUGGAACAGCAAUUUUCUCGUUGCGUCUUACGCAGAUCGGUUCCGCGACGCAGCUAUCGGGUACAUACUACAGGGGAGUCCUGCCGUCUUAGGGUGGAAGUCGAGUGGAAUAUUUUCCCAACACUACCCUGUGGCUACCAAAUUCCGCAAGCGUGCGAGACAUGUUCGCACGUGCUCCAAGUCUUCAGCGAGCUGCUCUACCGAUACGGAGUAUGAGAUCGAUUUCUACUUGCACAUGGGGUGGGGAGGCGCUGGUAACGGUUGGAAAAAGGCUCAAGCCUACUAUGCAGCAACCCUAACUAAGUGAAAUAACAAUAACUCAUUGUGUAGCAAUGGCAAUGAAACUAAAGUUUUCGUGAACUUAAAUCGAAUAAAAUAAGAGCAGCGCUUGAGUUAUUGCGUUGAUUUCGACUUGGUCGCGUCAGUGUAGCAUUUUCAAGUAACGUGAGCUGAAAGUCACACGGAAAUCAGACAAGACAAUCGUUAGUAAGGGAAUCGAUCAAGAUAUACACACACACAAGUGAUCAUUUACAGAGUAAUUGUAAUACCGAACAUCACCCUUCCCACGCAGUCUGUCUCACUACAGAUAUGCCUCACUUCAUUCGAUACCAAUAUCUCUUGGGAGCCAUUUAGCCAAUUGACGCAUUGAAUUGGGCAAGUGCACUUUUUUGGAAAGCUUCUAUAUAAUUAUAAAUUUCCACUCAACAACAAUUGUGACCAAACUACUAUACUCACGCAGUGUGUGUGUGUGUGUGUGUGUGUGUGUGUGUGUGUGUGUGUGCGUGUGUGUGUGUGCACGUGGUGUGUGUGUGUGUGUGUGUGUGCGUGCGUGCGUG